AUGGAUCACGUUGAAAUCAACAGCCUGGAAGACAUUUUCCAAAUGGACGACGAAUUUGAACAUGAAUAUAGCCAAACAACUGAUGAUUCGCUAAUGUAUCAAUGUCCAUACUGCAACGAGAACUUAAAGACUUUUAGCUCACAGCACAACUGCAACACAUUUCCAGAUCUAAUAACAAAGAAUAACGAAUUGAUUGAGAUAAAUUACAGGAAAUGGUUGGUUCAUUUCUCAUAA